AUGACUAGCACAGUUUUGUAUUCGGGAUUGACAGUGUCUGCUGACAGGACGGGUCAGCCACGGAAGAGCUUGGAUUUCCAAGACCGGUCGCAACUCUUCCCAACUGACACAACCGACAAGGAGGACGCCGUCUUCCGCGUCAGGAUGGAGAAGUUGCCAACAAGAAUAUCGGCGGAGGCGCUCGAAAACAAGAUCCAAGUGCUGCUCAAGAAGGUUGUAGUCCGGCCAGUUCACAUGGAGGUUGUUAUGGAUCCAAUUAUGGGAAGGCCACGUGGUCACUGCUACUUGGAUUUCUUGGAUUCACAGUCAUCAGAGAAAGCAUUGGAGCUGGAUGGCCUCGAAGUGCCCAAGUCUUAG